AUACUUUAUGAACUUUCCAGUUGCUACCCAUCCCGUCAAAAAAAAUAAAAUAAAAAUUCCUUCCCACCCAUGUAAUCCUAACUAUUAGAGACACAAUAUUCCCAAUGUUCCAUUUCUAAAAUAUUUUAUUAUAGAUUUGGGUCACAAUUAGAGACAAUGGGUAAAAACUAGCAAAAUUUUCUUCUGAUUUCAUAAAAUUGACUUUUAAUCUCAAAAGGUCAUCAUAUACUACCACACCUCUUCCUCUUUCUCCUGCCCUUUUUCGCACAAAAUUCCCACACAAUAAAAACAAACCCAAUUUAUUUAUUUAUUUUUUUAACACAAAUAAAAUUCUGGGGGUUGCUUCCAUUGGAUCUUCCUGAAACCCGGAGAUCAGAUCACACCAGCAGAAAAGAGGAGAGAGAAAACUAGCAAAAGAUUACAACGAAAGAAGAAGAAGAAGAAGAAGUUUCACUGUAAAUGGUUGUGCCCCCAUUUCAAAACUCUUCACUAUUUCUUCCCUACCCAACUGUUUUUUUCUCUCUCCUUUUUUCACACUAUUAGCAUUGUUAAACCCAAAUUCCUGAUUCAAAGGAAGAGGAGAGAUUACUGCUCUUUGAUCUGCUCAUAGUUUGGGGAAAUCCGCGGUUUUUUUGAGGAUUUUUGAAUGUUAGUGUCUGGUCUGGAUAAGUGGCCCAUUGUAUACCCAAACAUACUGUUUUCUGGCAGCAGCACGUAAUAUAUAUGUUGCCAGGAGACAGAUGAGUGUGCUCCCAUAUUUUUAGAAAACCAUGGUCUUUAGCAAAAUCUCAGAAAUCAUCUCAUCUGCAACAAAUCGUCCAUCCAUGCGGCAUUCCUCAUCCAUCCCAUACAUCCAAGCUGGAUUAUCACCUCCAAAAGGUUCUGGCCAUGGUUUUAGUUUUAGCAGCCCUGGGCAUAUGAACAACAUGAGGCUGUCUUCAUCAUUACAAGAUUUUUCUCAAUAUCGUCGAUUAGAUCCUGAAAAUGGUGAUCAAAAUGGUGGGAUUGAUGUCAUCAAUGCAAAGCCUCCUCAUUCAUCCCGUAAAGAUAUAUCCAGCCCUAGUUUCUCGAAGGAUAAAGUGCCUCAAAGCAAUCCCUAUACACGUAAGAAGUGGGUUAGAAUAUUGACAAUCCUUCUUUGUCUACUUUUCUUCGGUUUUCUUUUAUUUAUACUUGGUCAGUUUCUAUAUACUUUUUGGUCUGGUGGACCUUCCAAAUUUUAUGUUGUGCUUGAUUGUGGGAGUACUGGGACUCGGGUAUACAUAUAUGAGGCAUCUGUCGCUCACAAGAAAAGUGGUAAUCUUCCCAUUGUUUUGACAUCAUAUUCUGGGGGAGUUAAGAAGCCAAAGGGACAGAGUGGACGGGCUUAUAACCGUAUGGAGACUGAGCCUGGGCUUGAUAAAUUGGUACGUAACUCAAGUGGUUUGAAGACUGCGAUAAAGCCACUUCUACGGUGGGCUGAGAAGCAGAUUCCAAAGAAUUCACAUAAGACUACUUCUCUUUUCCUUUAUGCUACUGCUGGUGUUCGUAGACUGCCAAAACCUGACUCUGAUUGGCUUCUUAAUCAUGCCUGGUCUGUUCUAAAAAGUUCCCCGUUUUUGUCUCAAAGGGAAUGGAUUAAGAUUAUCAGUGGUAUGGAGGAAGCUUAUUAUGGCUGGAUUGCUCUGAAUUAUGAAACAGGUGUCUUAGGGGCCAUAGCAAAGACAGAUACUUUUGGUGCCCUUGACUUAGGUGGUUCAUCACUGCAAGUAACCUUUGAAAGUAAGGAACCUGUUCUGAACAAAACUAACUUAAACCUGAGCAUUGGACCUGUGAACCAUCAUCUCAGUGCAUAUUCCCUUAAUGGGUAUGGAUUAAAUGAUGCCUUUGACAAAUCUGUUGUCCAUCUUCUCAAAGGGAUGCCAAAAGUGAAAAUGGAGGACUUAGUUCAUGGAAAUGUUGAGAUUAAGCAUCCAUGCUUACACUCUGGAUAUAAAAGUGAAUAUUUCUGCUCACUAUGUGCUUCCCUGAACCAAGAUGCUGGGAGUCCUCGUCAUGGAGAGAAAGACCUUGGCAAAAGGGGUAAACCUGGAGUCCCUCUUCGGCUUGUUGGCUCUCCAAAUUGGGGAGAGUGCAGUGCAGUUGCAAAGGUUGCUGUCAAUUUGUCAGAAUGGUCAAAUCUUAGCCCUGGAAUUGAUUGUGAUGUGCAACCAUGCGCUCUUUCUGAAGAACUUCCCCAUCCUAGCGGUCAUUUUUAUGCAAUGUCUGGUUUUUUUGUUGUCUAUCGGUUUUUUAACUUGAGUUCAGAAGCAACCCUUGAUGAUGUAUUGGAAAAGGGACAUCAGUUUUGUGGUAAAACUUGGGAAGAUGCGUAUAAAAGUGUUCCUCCACAGCCCUUUAUCGAACAGUACUGCUUUAGGGCACCCUACAUAGUUUCAUUAUUGAGGGAAGGCUUGCACAUAACUGAUGGUCAGGUCAUGAUUGGCUCUGGUGGUACCACUUGGACACAAGGAGUUGCUCUUGUUGAAGCUGGCAAGGCAUUUGCAACAAGAACAGAGCUUCAUACACUUCAGCUAUUUGAGAUGAAGAUAGAUCCUGUUGUGAUUUUUGCUGUUCUGUUGAUAUCAUCAUUUUUGUUGGUUUGUGCAUUGUCAUGUGCUGGUAAUUGCCUGCCUAGAUUUUUCCGCAGAAAUCAACUUCCUAUUUUCAGGCAUAAUAGUGCGCCAGCAUCAGUUCUCAAUAUUUCUUCACCUUUCCGGUUCCAGCGUUCAGGGGAUGCAAGAGUAAAAAUGCCACUGAGUCCAACUGCUGUUGGUGAUCAAGAAAGGUCAAUUGGUAAUGGACAUUGGAUUGGCGGAAGCAACAUUCAGCUUACUGAUUCUUCUCUAUAUUCAGCAGUCAGUGGAGUUUCACAUAGUCCUUCAUCAGGUAGCUUAGGACAAAUGCAAUUUGACAACAAUGGCAUGGGUGCCAUGUGGAGUCCUCAUAGAAAUCAGAUGCGUCUCCAAAGUAGACGGUCAGCAUCCAGAGAGGAUCUGAUGUCUUCUGUGGCUGAUGGGGUGGUGAAGGUUUAGAUCUCCAAAAAUCCUGAAAUGUCUUUGACUGAGAUGUUAGCCUGCUAAUGAACUAUUCAUGAUUGGAACACUGGAAAUCGCCAUUACGUUUAUUCGAAGAGGAAAGUUCUCAUUUCUAGAGAGGCACGUGCCCAAGCUAUUCAAACUCCUAGAAAGAGUAUUUGGAGAGCAUCGAGUAUCACUCCUCUGAACCAGCAAAGCCCCAACCUGUAAAUUACACAUUUUACCAGAGGCGGCAGCGCUUACAGAAGCUGAAAAUGAGUUGAGAUUGUCUUGCUAACACCAAUUUCCCUGAAUGUGCUAUAAUGUUAUUUACUGUAAUCAUAUAGGUGGCCCUGCUGGUCACCAAUUGAAUUUUGUUUAGCUGAUAAUUGAUGUUGAAGAACUGAUUACCCUGAUGAUUCUUUCUGGUAAUCAGAUGGGAGUAAAUAUAAAACCGAUGUACUUGAUAUGGAAAUGUGUCUGAUAGACUGGUAGUUCUGCAUCAUGGAAGAUGCACAAGAGCCUUAAUGCUGGAUUAUGUUCAUAAUUUCUGCGCAAAAUUUUAACAUCUUAACCCAGUCA